AUGGCUUAACUGCUUUUUACACGGCAACACUCUAAUUAGAACUGUCUACUGCACAGUCCGGCACCCUUAUAUAGUAAAUUUUUAACAAAAGUUCGCUACUAGAACAUUCUAACAACUACGAAUUCGCUGUCUAGUUGCUUCUGACAGUUUAUCGUCGAUUCUGAUAUGUUCUGGUAUUCGUAUAUACGUUCUCCGCCUAAACGAUGUAUAAUAGAAUCCCUGCAACCCUGAUGUAAUGUCAUCUAAAAACUUUGUUGUCGACAUACAUAUCGAUGAAAUUAUUUGCACGCGUGUAAAAUCCUUUCACAAAAACGAAGAAUAUAUUAAUGUCGUUGCAGGUAAUUAGAGCAUUCCCACUGCUACGCUCCACUUCAGUGAAAUUGUGGAAAUCUCAUCAAAAUAAUUUGGAAUCGAAAACAAAAUAUUGUAUUAGCGGUAGCUUAUUGAACUUUGCCAACAAAGCUCAAUUUAGUAUCCAAAACCAUAUUGGAGAUUUCAUUAAUAACAAUAGUGUAAAACCUGACAUAUUAGCACCUGAAAACUCUAAUUGGGGUACGAAGAAAACCAAACGAAAAGUAAGGUUACGCCUUACCGAUAUGAGUAAUUCAGAAAUCGAAGCAAAGUUAGCGCCAUUGCGUGCUGCAGUGCUGGAGCAAGGAAAUUUGGUGCGUGAACUAAAAGUGAAAGGUGCGCCUGAGAUAGAUGUGAAACGUGCUGUGGCUGAAUUAAAAGCCCGUAAAAAGAUAUUAGAGGACCGUGAGUUAGAACUUACUCCAAGCGUCGUAACAUUCGAUCGAUCGAAAAUGGAGGACUUGCUUAAACGUCGUUUCUUUUAUGACCAAAGUUUUGCAAUUUACGGUGGUAUAACGGGCCAAUAUGACUUUGGUCCUAUGGGUUGUGCGUUAAAGUCAAACAUUCUUUCUCUGUGGCGUCAAUUUUUCGUCUUGGAAGAGCAAAUGCUUGAAGUGGAUUGCUCAAUAUUAACACCAGAACCAGUUCUGAAAGCUUCCGGACAUGUAGAUCGUUUUGCAGAUUUAAUGGUGAAAGAUGUUAAAACUGGUGAGUGUUUCCGGCUUGAUCAUUUGAUAAAGAAUGCUUUGGAAAAAUUGUCAAAGGAGAAAACUUCAACAUCAGAAGUAAAAGCCGAUUGUGAAGACAUUGUUGUUAAGCUUGAUGGCAUGAAUAAGCAAGAGAUGUCUGAUGUACUUGCAAAGUACAGCAUAAAGUCCCCAUUAACUGGUAAUGAUUUGACUGAACCGAUUGAAUUUAAUUUAAUGUUUGCUACUCAAAUUGGCCCUACUGGUAUAGUAAAAGGCUUCUUACGACCAGAAACAGCACAAGGUAUUUUUGUUAAUUUCAAGCGAUUACUUGAGUUUAACCAAGGGAAGUUGCCUUUCGCUGUUGCUCAAAUUGGUAAUUCAUUCCGAAAUGAAAUCUCGCCCCGCUCUGGACUAAUUCGUGUUCGUGAAUUUACAAUGGCGGAAAUAGAAUAUUUUUGUGAUCCAACUCUUAAAAAUCAUCCCAAAUUUGAAAGUAUAGCCGAUACUCUUUUAACACUUUAUUCGGCAUGCAAUCAAAUGGAUGGCAAAUCAUCUCAAAAAAUAUCAAUUGGGGAAGCUGUAGCAAACAAUUUGGUGGCAAAUGAAACACUGGGUUACUAUAUGACAAGAAUUCACCAAUUUCUUAUGACAAUAGGUAUAAAACAAGAAUGUCUUCGUUUUCGCCAGCAUAUGAACAAUGAAAUGGCCCAUUACGCUUGUGACUGUUGGGACGCAGAAUGUCUUACAAGCUAUGGCUGGGUAGAAUGCGUUGGCUGUGCUGAUAGAUCCGCUUACGACUUAGGUCAGCACACUCAAGCAACUGGGGUUAGGCUGGUGGCUGAAAAGCGUUUACAUGAACCCAAAACCAUUGAAGUGUCUGAAAUCGUACCGAACAAACAAACAUUGGGCAAAACUUUUAAAAAAGAUGCUAAAUCAAUUACAGAUGCUUUAUCUAAGCUUUCCACGAGGGAUGUGAAAGAAGUUGAACAGAAUUUAGAAGAAAAACAAGAAUACGUUCUUUCUCUACAUAAUGGUAGUGAAUUCAAAUUGACUCGUGAUACUAUAUUCGUCAAACACAGCACUAAAACAGUUCACGUUGAGGAAAUUACACCAAGUGUCAUUGAGCCAUCUUUCGGAGUAGGCCGUAUUAUGUACGCAUUGCUUGAGCAGAAUUUCCAAUGUCGUGAAGGUGAUGAACAGCGUUGUUUUUUCACACUACCAUCCGUGGUUGCGCCAUUGAAAUGCUCAAUACUGCCAUUGUCAAAUAACGCUGAUUUUAAUCCCUUUAUACGUCAGUUAUCCCUUGCAUUAACCAAGGCAGAGCUUUCACAUAAAGUGGAUGACUCAAGCGGAUCUAUUGGUCGACGUUAUGCACGAACUGAUGAAAUUGCCAUACCUUUUGGCAUUACCAUUGACUUUGAUACACUAAAGAAACCACAUACUGUAACUUUAAGAGAUCGCGAUUCUCUUAAACAGGUCCGUAUUGGCAUCAAUGAAGUUAUAGAAGUUGUUAAGAAUUUAUCUACUGGAAAAGUGCAUUGGCCUCAAGUUAUUGAAAAAUACCCCGUAUUUGAACAGCAAGAGGCUACAAAGUGAAUAAAACCAUGCAUUUCAAUUAUAAUGAUAUAAAAAUUUGUAAAGUUGUCGAUUUUUGUAAUUCUAGAAUCUUACGUUAUACAUAUUAGGCUGAAAGCGAAAAUAUAAAUACAAAAGCGUCGUGUUUUCUGUUCUGUUUUCUGUGCUGAAUUAAAUUUAUUAUAUUAUAAUUUUUCUUAAUUAUUUUAUAUAUAAUAUUGACCUCACUCCAUGUUAAUUAACCAACUUUACUUUUAAUUUACAUAACCAGUUGUAUCCUUCACUUGAUCAGAUCACUUUUGGAUCAGAGGCAUAGAAUAGUUUGGUAAAGACGCAACGACAUAAUUUAUUAUUAUAAUAAUGAUUUUUAUAAUUAAGAAGCCAUUUUAAAAACAAUACAGGAAAUUUGAUGUUUCUGACAGUAUCUUAACUUUCUUUCUGAUUUUAGGAAGAUUUAAAAAUUCUUAGUAACAAAAUUUUAAUUAUAAUAAAACUAUAUGAUGAAACUAACUCUUGCCGCAAUUAAAUGUCUAUAAUACA